GGGAUGGGCAGGAGGAGCCCUGCUGCGGGUGAGACCGCACCCAUGGGUUUGCUGUUAGCAUCAGUAGCGUUUCAUGUCUGUUAAUACGCCGCAUCUGUUUUUAUUUCAUGCAAUAUUCCUGCGGAAUUGUGCUAAUUCUUUUGCAUUAUGAGGUGAUUAUUACCUUCACUGUUUCUGUAAAGCCUCUCCGUCGAUAUGUCCUGUUCCUACGCAGCAGUUCCCUGGACUUUCCUUUAGACCCAGAUCUGCGUCUCUCUGAGGAACCAUCUCCAGCUCAAAAAGUGCAAUUGCUUUCUCGUGCACAGAGCCAAUGUUCAGGUGUGCAGCAGCCCCGCAGGUUUGUUCUGGAGCACUUGCUGCACUUUCUCACCUCAGCUGCGCCAGGAGUCAUUCCAAUUUUGAGCGUGGAUAUUUCAGAGCUGACUGCUAUUGCAGAAGCUGCUGGAAAAGAGUAAUCCUGCUGUAGUUUGUGAGUCUGGCUCUGACCUUGCCUCCUCUGCACCUGAGCAGGGCAGUGGUGCUCUUCCCCUGCCCCAAAGGUCUUUCCAGUUCCCCAUCACAUUUUAAUUUUGCUCUGCCCAUGAGGUGCAGAGCAAGCCUGACUGGGAACUCUUCAGCCCUAGCGCCGAAAGGAAAGUGGAAGAGAGGUCUGGAGAUGAGGGUGCAGAAUGGGCAGCUGCUUCAAGCCUAGAGCUGAUUGUGCCCGAACCUCGUUUGAGUACAGGCACCUGGAAAUCCCACUUAUCCCCUGUGCAGGUGCUGAUGUCCGAGAAUAUCUUGUGCAGCCCUGCUCGCUCCUGGCCUUCCUCUCCUGCUGUCUGGCCUCUUCCCUCUGCUCCAGGCAGACAGUACAUCAGUGUCAGGUGCUCCUUAUGCCGCCAUCCAACCUUACCAGCUCCAUCCCAGCAACAUUCGUGCUGGCUGGCAUCCCGGGCAUGGAGAAGCUGCAUGUGUGGCUGUCCAUCCCCUUCUGCUCCAUGUACCUGGCUGCCCUGCUGGGGAACGGCGUCCUGCUGCUCGUUGUGAGGGCAGAGCAGAGCCUCCAUCAGCCCAUGUACCUCCUCCUCUGCAUGCUGGCUGCCGCCGACUUGAUGCUGUCCACCACCACCGUGCCCAAGAUGCUGGCCCUCUUCUGGUUCCAUGCUGGGGAGAUCUCCUUCGGUGCCUGCCUGACGCAGAUGUUCUUCCUGCACUUCAGCUUCUCGGCGGAGUCCGUCAUCCUGCUGGCCAUGGCCUUCGACCGCUUCGUGGCCAUCUGCCACCCGCUGCGCUACGCGGCCGUGCUGACCCCGAUGACCGUGGUCAAAGUGGGGCUGGUGGCUCUGCUGCGCAGCUUCUGCAUCAUCUUCCCCUGCGUGUUCCUGCUGCGGCGGCUGCCGUUCUGCGGGCACAGCCUCAUCCCGCACACCUACUGCGAGCACAUGGGCAUCGCCCGCCUGGCCUGCGCCGACAUCUCCGCCAACGUGCUCUACGGCCUCGCGGUGCCCUUCGCAGCCAUAGUGCUGGAUGUCGCGCUCAUCGCUGCCUCCUACAUCCUGAUUCUCCUGGCGUUAUUCAGGCUUCCAUCCAGGACGGCCCGCUCCAGGGCUUUCAACACCUGCAUCUCCCACGUCUGUGUGAUAUUCCUUUUCUAUAUUCCUGCUUUUUUCACCGUGCUAACGCACCGCUUCGGGGGGGAGAUCCCGCGCCACGUCCACAUCCUGCUGGCCAACCUCUACGUGCUCUUCCCCCCGCUGCUGAACCCCAUCGUGUACGGCGUGCGGACGCGGCAGAUACGAGAGAAGGUGGUGAAGGUACUCGUCUGCCCCACGACGCAUCGGCUGCAGGAAUGAGAGCCACGUGCCAUCAUCAGAGAGUACGGAAUGCCUCGGUGGGACUCCAAGUGCCCAGUUCUCCCUUUGCACCGUUUCAGGCACCGUGAGGCAAUCUGCAGCCGCACACAUAGGGCACCCCACAUCCCCACACCGCCUUCCCCAGCGGUCUGUUGAAGAUGUCCCUGAAGAUGUCCCCCUGUCUGAAGAUAUAAAGAAAAGGGCAGAUGUGGCACUGAGGGACGUGGGCAGUGGGCAUGGCGGGGAUGGGCUGGGGCUGGGCUUGGGGAUCUCUGAGGUCUUCUUCAACCUCAGUGAUUCUGUGGUUCUGUGUAAGCCAGAAGCCAAAUGCCGGGCUCUGCUUGGCUGCAGAAAGAGGGUGCCCACGGAGGAGAGGACCCACCCCAGUGGUACCACCUGCAGGACCCCCCAGUGAGGCUUCUGCUGUGGUGUGACAGGGAGAUCUCAGCUGUCUGCGCUGGAGUCAAGGGACAAGGAGUGUAAUAAACUUGUUCUAAUCACAGAUGUGUAAUGGGCCUCAUUGCAGGAAUUGCUUCUUUAUUAAAAAUCACUGAACUAGAAAAGUCUCCAGAAGGAAUAACACAGAAAUAAAA